UCUCUCUUUCCCCCGACGACAUCCAAGACCACUCACGUUUCCAUCAUGGGUUUCUUCAGCUUUCUCCUCACAACCCCUGCCUCACGAACCAUUCAACACGAUCUAUCCUUUGAUCUAACGACCACCUAUCCCCCCCGUGCAUCUAUCCCUCCUCUUCCCACAUCUGCACCCAACACCCCCCCUAUCCCACUUGAAAUAGUCCUUAAUAUCCUUGAAGCUUCCUACUUUGAUGAUGCCCUGGCCCCAAACACCGCUCUGCUCUCUGCGUGUUCCCUCGUAUCAAAGUCCUGGUCUCCGCAUGCCCAGAAACUCCUCUUUAAGCAUGUCACUCUCCGCACCAACGCAGCCUACACUGCUUUCUGCCAGGCCGUUGACCACGACAAUGCCCGCGCACGCAUGCUCGGUGCCGCCGUCUUGCGCAUGCGCGUCGUCCUCGAUGCAAAACACCCAGACGCGCUCACACAUGCUUCAUUCGCUAACGCUCUUACGCUCUGCCCUAACUUAUAUGAUCUUAAUCUUGUCCUCUAUGCCUCGUCCUCUUCUGCAGCUUCCAACUCUUCACUUGACCUUGCUGCCAGCAUCGGCGCUAGUGAAAGUUCGACUAGCACACGUCCUCCUCCCGCUCUCCCUUCCUUCUCCGAUCACACCCUCUCCCUCCUCGCCGCAUCUCCCAAGAUCAGCUCUUUCCAUUUCACGAACUGGUCUAAUGACCCUCAUGCCAUCUUCCCGCUCCUCGAUCUUUGGCCCUCCAUCCGUUCACUCGCCAUAACCGGUCCUCCUCCAACUCUCCCCACACCUACCAUACCAACCUCCUUCGCGGGCUCGCUAAAUGACCUCCGCAUCAACUGCCAAUCGCCUCCUUCACUCGACUUCUUCGACUGGCUUCUCCACAGCUCGGCUUUGCGUUCUCUAGAGUUCGAACGCGAUCCUCCUGCCAGCGUGGUCGAGUACUUUGCCGAUACGCAGGGCGGGUCGCUCAUCUCGCUUGCAUUGCCUACGCUGAGCGCGCAUGAGUUUGUUGGCUCGGUGACGAGGAUGACUGUUCUCAAAGAGUUGCGCACGGAGAAUCCAUGGACGUGUCAGUCAAUCCACGGUCGUCUGCCAAGUACCAUGCAGCAUCUCGCUCUAGGUCUCGACCUCAACACGCCCCUCCAGUCCGUGCUCGACCUCGUUAAGAGGUGUCGUCGCAGCGACGACGACGACGAGGAAGGUCUGAGAGCCGUGACGUUGCUAUUGUGGAACAACGGCGAAAAACACCCUCAGUUGCCUGCGCUCAAGAUGGCGUGUGCGUACAAGGGUGUGGAUUUGCUGAUCAUGAAGGAUGUGGCGAAAAUGAGGACGCUGGGGAGGGGCGAUCCGGUGGGGGAUGUGGUGUUCCCGAGGGAGAAGACGAUUGAGAAUUAUAAGGUGAUGUGCGCGCAUUGAGGCGGGUGGUGAUGAUGGAUAUACCAUUGCCUUGCUCGGAGGAAUGGCCAGUGUUUCUGAUUUGUAUCAUAUCGAUAUUAUGUUUUUAACGCCCCUUUGACGACCGCUCCUUUCCACUCUUCUGUUUUUCUUCCUCAUUCACGCAUUCGAUGUUGUGUUGACGGCAUUUAAAGCUCUAGUUCACGCAUCUCGUUUGGCUUCCACUCAUCUAUCCCAUCCCAUCCCAUCUACUCAUCUACGUACACUUCAUCAUCCCACCUUCCCCAUUAUCCAGAAUCAUUUCUUUUCGCAUACAUACAUUCAUGUCUCUCUACCUACAUACAUACGUACGAGCACGUUUUUCGACAGUCGCAUCUCUUUCUACGCUAGCGGAUGACGGGAGGAACGGGUUCGAGGUUUCAACUUCUUGAUUCUGUUUCUCUGGUUUAUCGUUUGCAUCCUUUUCGUUUUUUUACAACUACGUAGCUACAGUAUUACGCCGCCAUUGACCAAGUUUAUCGUUAAAAUUUAAUGCGCCUGGUAGGGCCUUAUUGUGUAUCCAUCGUUUUUGGUUCUUGUGUUGAGUGACUGAUGCGCGGCGGAGGACUGUACUGGUGCAGGAACGCUGUGUCGAUGUGCGAUGCGGAUAGACUCUGACGGGUGGACAGCAUUCGUACUGAGCGCUGAGCGUUGAGCACUAGUGGGUGGGAGGGAGGGGCGCUGCAACAUGCAACGCAAAGUGCCUCGCCGAGGACU